CCGAAUUUUGCUACGACCAUCACCGGAUAUAAGCACGAUUCUCUCGUAAUAAACGUCUUCCAAAAUCUUGGAAAUCCCCUUAUGUACCCGCAUGUCGGGGUGUCACUCCGUCUCAAGACACCAUCCACCGCCAAAAUCUCCCUUGAAUCAUGCCCCGAUCCCUGAUCAACACAAGUUCAAGACCUCGACUUCGGUUCUUUCUUCCGCUCAAACGUGGCGAAAUCCAAGGAGAGACGGCAAUGCCGGUCUGGAGGUUGUAUUCGGUGUUCUCAACCCGUCAUUCCCAAGGCCCUGUAUCUCCCGACAGACUUCACACAAUUCAUCGGUCGUGAUAUAUAUCAUCAAUCAUCCACCAUGGCAUCCAUAUACUUCACCACCCGACUGCAUCCAUUCCAUCGGUGUCAUCUAAGCGUCAUUACCUAGGCCUUUAGACAGACGCCCAAGAUGGUUCACAAGCUCGCCUUUUUGACCGGCCUAACCGCCUCCCUCGUCUCCGCCCAACAAAUCGGCACCCUCACCCCCGAAUCCCACCCCAAACUGCCCACCAAGCGCUGCACCCUCUCCGGCGGGUGCCAAACCGUCUCAACCUCCAUCGUCCUCGACGCCUUUCAACGUCCUCUGCACAAGAUCGGUGACCCAUCGACCGCUUGCGUCGUAGGCGGUCCUCUCUGCCCCGACGCCGCCACCUGCGCAGCCAACUGCGCUCUCGAAGGCGUCGACUAUGCUUCUUUGGGAGUCAAGACCGACGGAGACGCCCUGACGCUGAACCAGUGGGUGUCUGACCCGUCGAACCCAGGACAAUACAAGACAAGCUCGCCGCGUACUUAUCUCGUGGCUGAGGACGGCAAGAACUAUGAAGCUGUCAAGUUGCUGGGGAAGGAGAUUUCCUUCGAUGUGGACGUUAGUAACUUGCCUUGUGGCAUGAACGGGGCGUUUUACUUGAGCGAGAUGUUGAUGGAUGGUGGACGGGGGGAACUCAAUGCUGCAGGAGCGGAGUAUGGCACGGGGUAUUGCGAUGCGCAGUGUCCCAAGUUGGAUUUUAUCAAUGGCGAGGCAAACAUCAACAAAACCCACGGCGCGUGCUGCAACGAAAUGGACAUCUUCGAAGCCAACGCCCGCGCAAAGUCCUUCACCCCGCACCCCUGCUCCAUUGAGCGCGUCUACAAGUGCACGGGAGACACCGAGUGCGGCCAGUCCCAGGGCGUCUGCGACCAGUGGGGAUGCACUUACAACGAAUACCAGAAGGGAGUCCACGAUUUCUACGGCCUUGCUCCUCCUGCCAAAACCAUCGACACCACCCAGAAAUUCACCGUCACCACACAAUUCCUGACUGACAAUGGCCGCGAAGACGGCGUGUUGGUGGAGAUCCGCCGAUUGUGGUAUCAGAAUGGAAAACUGAUCAAGAACGCGGCAAUCACCGUAGACGGGAAAUCGACGGAUUCAGUUAGUACGCAGUUCUGCGAAAAGACUUCUUCGUGGACGAUGCAGCGCGGGGGACUCAAGACCAUGGGCGAGGCGAUGGGAAGGGGCAUGGUGCUGAUCUUUAGUAUCUGGGCGGAUGAGAGCGGUUUCAUGAAUUGGUUGGAUGCCGAGGACAGUGGACCGUGUAGUGCGACCGAGGGCGAUCCGAAGCUGAUUUUGCAGAAGAAGCCGGAUGCGCGGGUGACAUUUUCGAAUAUCAAGUGGGGAGAGAUGGGUAGCACGUAUGCUUCUGCGGGGAAGUAUGGUGUUAGACGGGUUGCGAAGGGGUUGAGUGCUUGAACUGAAAGAAAACUUGGUGGGUGGUGUGGUUGUUGUUUGUUGUGUAAAAGGAUGUAUAUAAGGUUUCUUGGAUACAAAUCGCAUUGGAGAAGAAGCUUCUGUUCGUGGGCAUAAAAUUAGUAGCAAUUUCAAAAAGAUGUCUCCGGGAUCAGAACUCUAAAUAGACACUCGAUUACAUUGCGCGGAUG